AUGGUUUUUGGUCAGGCCCUAGAUGCUGAACGCCACGCAUCUCAAAGAGCCUCUGAGACGUUUACGCAGACUGAGACCCGUCAGGCCCUGGAUGCUGAACGCCACGCAUCUCAAAGGGCCUCUGAGACCUAUACGCAGACUCAAGCCCGACAAACCUUAGAUGCUGAGCGCCACGCAUUUCAAAGGGCCUCUGAGACGUUUACGCAGACUCAGGCCCGUCAGACCCUGGAUGCUGAACGCCACGCAUCUCAAAGAGCUGCUGAGACAGUGGAACAGACUCAGACACGUCGAGUUUUAGAUGCCGAACGUCACGCGCAAUUGAUUGCGGCAGAGACUGACGAAGAUUCACAAAGACGACGUCUUUUAAAUGCUGAACGGCAGGCAGAAAGAAGACGUACGUUUUCAAUGAGUACGUGGGAGGCAUUUAAUGGUGCCGCUUUUGAGUAUGACCCUUUGAUCGACUAUGUUAAUCACCGAUUGGUUAUCAUUGGGAGAAUGGAUAAAAAAUGCAGAUAUUGUGAAGCACUGAAAUGGAAAGAAGAAACUCCAGGUAUGUGCUGUUCUGGUGGAAAGGUUAAAAUUCCAUUACUUGGCGAGCCAGAGGAACCUCUUAAAUCUUUACUUUUAUACGACAGUAACGAAUCGCGCCGGUUUUUAAGCAGGAUUAGAAAGUAUAAUUCUUGCUUUCAGAUGACGUCAUUUGGUGUAGAUAAGGAGGUCGUAAUGCCUGGAUUUUCACCUACUUUUACCGUCCAAGGACAGGUGUAUCACAGGAUUGGUUCCUUACUUCCCGCAAAUAAUGAACAACCAAAGUUUUUGCAACUUUAUUUCAUGGGCGAUGAAAAAAACGAAGCUGAUCGCAGGUGUCAAAAUAUACAAGGAAUCGAAAGGGAUACUGUUUUAAAAAUCCAGAGAAUGUUGCAUGAACAUAAUCGCCUUAUCAAUACUUUCAAAACAGCACUAGAAAGAAUGCCGGGAGAGGAUUAUAGGUUGGUGAUGCACCCCGAUCGCACACCAAGUGGGGAACAUGAAAGGCGGUAUAAUGCACCGUUAAUAAAUGAAGUCGCAGCCUUGGUUACAGGCGAACAGUUUGCUUUCCGUGAUAUAGUUUUACAGGCCCGAGAUGACACAUUAACCAGGGUGCCUGAUACUCAUAAAUUUUAUGAUGCGUUGCAAUAUCCGAUCAUAUUUAGUAAGGGACAAGAGGGGUACCACUUUCAAGUUCCUCAAAUUAAUCCUGUAACAGGUCUUCCCUUGCAUAACAAAAAGGUUUCAUGCAUGGAUUUUUAUGCCUACAACAUGAUGAUACGAGAAAACAACUUUAACAUUGUACAAAGAUGCAAGCAACUGGCCAAUCAGUUUUACGUUGACAUGUACGUUAAAGUUGAAAGCGAGAGGUUACGGUACAUAUCAUUAAAUCAAACUAAACUAAGAGCAGAGAAUUACAUCCAUCUUCAAGACGCUGUGGCAAAUGACGCUAAUUUAAAUCCAAAUAACUUAGGUCGUAUGGUCAUUUUACCAUCUUCAUUUGUAAAUAGCCCGCGGUACUUACACGAAUAUACUCAGGACGCGUUUGUUUAUGUGCGUACACAUGGUCGCCCUGACUUAUUCGUCACCUUUACUUGCAAACCAGCCUGGCCCGAAAUAGUCAAUCAGUUGAUGCCGGGGCAAAGCGCAAUAGAUAGACAUGAUGUAGUCGCAAGAGUUUUUAGACUAAAAGUUAAAAAACUAAUGGAUGUGAUUAAUAAAGGCCGAGUGUUCAGAGAAGCGCGCUGCUUUAUGUACUCUGUCGAAUGGCAGAAACGUGGACUGCCACAUGUCCAUAUAUUAUUGUGGUUAAAAGAUAAGUUACGACCCGAUCAAAUAGAUAACAUAAUCAGCGCUGAAAUACCGGAUCCUAACAUUGACAAGACUCUCCAUGACAUUAUUGUAAAAAAUAUGAUUCACGGUCCAUGCGGACCCGAAAAUCCACAGUGCCACUGCAUGAAAGACGGAAAAUGCACAAAAAAAUUUCCUCGCAAGUUAGUGAAAGAGACCGUUCACAACAACCACGGAUACCCGCAGUAUCGUAGAAGAGCGCCAGCAGACGGAGGUCGAACAGCAACCGUGAAGCUCCGAAAUGGUAGCUACGUUACGGUUGAUAAUAGUUGGGUAGUCCCCUAUUCACCAAUUUUAUCAAAAAUGUUUAACGCCCACAUAAAUGUUGAGGCAUGCAGUUCAGUACGCGCCAUCAAAUAUAUUUGCAAAUAUAUAAACAAGGGUAGUGAUCAAGCUAUUUUCAAUUUUAGAAAUACUGAUCUUGCGAAUCCCGUAGAUGAGGUACAAACUUAUCAGUCUGGUCGGUAUGUCAGCAGCAACGAAGCCGUGUGGCGUCUGUUAGCAUUUCCGUUGCACGAAAGGCAUCCCACCGUGACACAUCUCAGCGUGCAUUUAGAAAAUGGUGAACGCGUUUAUUUUAAUGAACACAAUUUCCACGAACGAAUAACUACUCCGCCAAAAACCACACUCACUGCUUUUUUUGAUCUUUGUAUCAGAGAUGAGUUUGCAAAAACUCUUCUUUAUGUCGAGGUGCCGAGGUAUUAUACUUGGGAUGCAAGUAGGAAAACUUGGAAAAGCCGCAUUCAAGGUACUUCAGUUCACGAUUGGCCUGGCGUCAAAUCUGGAGAUGCUUUAGGACGAGUUUAUACAGUUCAUGUUAGUAACAUGGAAUGUUUUUGUCUACGCAUGCUUUUACACCAUGUGCGCGGACCUACCUCUUUCAAUGAUCUAAAAAAAUACAACACACAAGAUUAUCCUACAUUUCGAGAGGCAUGUGAGGCAAGAGGAUUACUGGAGAAUGACAACCAUUGGGAUGUGACACUGGAAGAAGCUGCUCAAUGUAGAUCAGCAGGCAAGAUGAGAGAGCUAUUUGCUGUAUUAGUAGCGACAUGUGGUCUUUCAAAUCCUCAACAAUUGUGGGAUAAAUACAAAAAUGAUAUGACCGACGAUAUAUUGCACAGAUUACAAGAGCAAAAUCCCAAUGUCACGUACAGUGAUUUAAUUUACAAUGAGGGUCUGACAAAAAUUGAAGACCAGGUUAAAACAAUUUCUAGAAAGGAUUUAUCAGAUUAUGGAAUGAUCAGACCACAGAGAACCGAGGAAAUCAGUAGCGAUUUAAUACGGGAACUAGAUUACGAUACUGCUUCCUUACAACAACAAUUGACAGAGUCUGUUCCACGUUUGAUCCCAGAACAAAGGUUAGUAUUUGACAAUGUUUUCAAAAAAAUCGAAGAUGGCGAAGGUGGUUUGUUAUUUUUGGAUGCUCCCGGAGGCACGGGAAAAACCUUUCUUUUAAACUUGCUUUUAGCGCAAAUCCGAAAAGAUAAAGGAAUUGCUGUAGUAGUUGCCUCUUCCGGAAUAGCCGCCACUCUGCUCAAUGGUGGUCGAACGGCACAUUCGGUGCUUAAACUGCCAUUAAACUUAGCCCAUGAAGAAAUGCCAGUCUGUAAUAUAAGUAAAAACAGCGAGCGUGGACGUAUGUUGCAGCAAUGUAAAUUAUUAGUUUGGGAUGAGUGUACUAUGUCCCAUAAAAGAGCAAUUGAAGCUCUAGAUCGGCCUUUGAAAGACAUCAAGAGUAAUCCAAAUAUCAUGGGGGGGAUGGUGGUACUUUUAGCGGGCGAUUUUAGACAGACUUUGCCGGUUAUCACUAAAGGCACCCCUGCAGAUGAAAUAAAUGCGUGUUUAAAAGCGUCAACGUUAUGGGUGCACGUAAAAACGUUUAGUCUGUCUACAAAUAUGAGAGUGCAACUACACAAUGAUGUACAAUCUGGACAAUAUGCUGCUGCUCUUCUUAAAAUUGGAGAAGAUCGUAUGGCAAAGGAUGGUAAUGGCAUGAUUACAUUGGAUCGUGAAUUCUGCAAUGUUGUGCAUAAUCCAGAUGAUCUAAAUAACUUCGUCUAUAGCGAACUGCUAACUAAUAUGAGGAAUAGAGACUGGUUAUGUGAAAGAGCAAUUUUAGCGCCGACGAAUGAAAUGGUGGGACAGAUAAACGAGCAAAUUAUGUCACGCGUGGAAGGUGAUAUUGUUGAGUUUCUCUCUGUAGACACUGUAAUGGAUACUGAACAAGUAACAUCAUACCCUGUAGAAUUUCUUAAUUCUUUAGAACUGUCGGGAGUACCUUCACACAAACUGAGGCUGAAAGUAGGCGUUCCUGUCCUUUUAAUGCGGAAUUUAGAUGCACCAAGACUGUGUAAUGGCACACGGUUGCAAGGGACACACCUCGGUCGCAAUAUUGUAAAAGCAAUCAUUAUGACUGGAAUGGCAAAAGGAGAGAACGUUUUAAUCCCCCGUAUACCCAUAAUUCCGACAGAUUUGCCAUUCCAGUUUAAGAGAUUACAGUUUCCGCUGAAAAUCGCAUUCGCUAUGACGAUAAAUAAAGCUCAGGGGCAAACAUUAAAAGUAGCCGGCAUUAAUUUAGAAAAGAGUUGUUUUUCUCACGGACAAUUAUACGUGGCUUGCUCACGUGUUUCAAGUCCACAGAAUCUCCAUGUGUUGGCCAGAGAGGGAAAAACAAAGAACAUAGUUUACAAAAAUGUACUACAGUAA